CUUUUCUCGGCACUGUGCGAUAACUAGUACAUAUACCUUUUUGAACUGAACAAUGAAAUAUUAAAGCAUGUCCAUUAUGCAGAAUUGUAAAAUAACGUUAUGAAAAAUAUUCGCCCAUACAAAUUUCAAACUUAGUUCGUGAGAAGAGUACUAGGUACAAAGUACAAUAACUGCGUUGUCAUUAUCUCGUGACAAAUGUUACGUAAGAAAGCAAAUCAACACUUAUAUAUGUUUACAUUCCAGACAACUUCUUUUAUUUGUAUUGAAUUUUGUUCUAUUUUGUUUAUGCUUAGUCUGUUUGGUCUAAGUUGACGUUGAAAAUAAAACAAAAGUACAAACUUAUUGUCAUUGUUGUUGUCAUGACGGGUUAUAGAAACUGUAAUUAUAGGAUAUUGGAAAAUGAAAUGGCAAGUUUCAAUAAAAUAGCGAAAGUUCGGUCAAGUAUAGAUUUUGAUAAGAGAAAUCGAUACAGAAAGUACAAGAACUGACUCAUGCCAUCUUAUGAUAAGCUGUGUGCAAUUAAACAAAUAAACACUUGAAUAGAUAUAAAUUUCAAACAAAAAGUCGCCCUAUUUAUUGCUUAGCAAAAACAGAGUACCAAAAAUCCUUUUUAACCCUCUCAGAGUGGUAUGUAUUGACUAUUACUCAAAAAUACCCCUUAUAUUUAAAAGAAAUUCUAAUCUUAAAAACAUUAAACUCUUAACACAACUAUAUUUCGUCAAGGGGAUUAAUUUUGUUUUGUAUUUAUUAACCCGACUUCCCGAUUUUUUCGGAUUUUCUUCGAAAAUUAAAAAAGAAAAAAUAUUUUAAAUAACGAGUUUGCCUAUCAUUAAAAACUAAAGGAAUUAAAUUUAAAGCAGGUACCACUGCAUCCAUUUUGUAUCAAGUUUAGUCGCACUUGGAAAAGAAUAUUAAAAGUUAUGGAGGGGAGCAGAGUUAAAAACUGGUACUGUAUUUUCACAUACGUUCCAAAAAAAAUUAGUUGAUGACAAAAACGUUGUGUAAGAUAGUGUGAAAAAUUAAAAAAUGAUGACUCAUUGUCAUCUUAUGACAAUGGUUAUGACAAGAUGUGUAACUAAAUAAAUAAACACUUGAACAUAUUUGCAUUACAAACUUCUCCUUUCUUAGCAUAUACGAAGAAAGAGCACGUACUUCUAUUGAAAAUUGAAAAUUUGUAUUAUAUCAUUAACGUAUAUUAUUUAAUAUUAUUUUUUAUCCCAUGUAUCAGAAAAUUAAAAAAGCUUGAAACCGUAAAUGUUUAAAUGGCUGGUGUCAUUGUGAUCAAAUAAACAUUUGAUCACAAUGCGUAUAAUGAAUAUACGUCAUUAUAUGGUCAAGUAGACGAAAGUGAUAGCGAUAAGUUGUCAGGGUAACCGAAAAAAAGUAAUAGUGAUAGAUUGUUUUUUUUAAUUACAGAGAUUGGGGACUUGGAUUCAAUCGUAAAGAAGCCUAAAUAAUAGAAGCGAGCGUUCAAUGAAAACAAUAAGCCGAACAGCAUUUAACGUUGAAAGAAUAUCAGGACAGGACAUAUAAUUACAUAUAUAUAUAAAAGAAAUCUGUUACACUGAAACAACGAACAAACGCACUAAUAAACAUUAUAUGUAGGAACAGAAGAAACGUUCUGUUAAGAGCAUUUUUGAAGAAAGAACGUCAACGCGGAUAUUAUAGUCAUGGCAACGGCAGUACCUCCAACAGGAUCUUCUCACCACGCAUUGAUCACUAACAAUGAAUAUCAAAUUAAAUUGGUCACGCUUCUCAAUGAAUGUUGUGACCACUUACGUGAAAUUUUACAUGAUCCUGCCCGUGGCAACAUGCCAAGAGAUAAGAAACAAUUAUAUCUGUCAUUAAAACAAUAUAAGAAACAUUUAAACCAUUUGAAAAGAGAUCAGCUGGAAAUCGUUUUUCCACAAGAUAAGGAAACAGAUUCGGAAUUGUUUGACAUCACUAUUUUAUGUGACGUUCUAAUUAAUUGUUGUAACGGCAUACAAGCACCAAUUGGUGGAUGGAGAACUAGAAAACCGCAACCAAAUGAUUUCAGUGUCGGUGCUGACAUCAUUCGAAUCAGAAAUGAGCGCAAUAAUGUUAUGCAUGGAAGAGCAAUGAGUUCAGCACAAUAUAAUCAGCUAUGGAAUGCCAUAGAAGGUAUAUUAAGAAGACUCGGAUACGACAUAACAAAAAUUAAAGAUUUGAAAUCUGGUUGCUUGAAUGACUUAGACUUAUUUAAGAUCAAAAUUAUUAAAGCAGAUACUGAAAUUUUAAAUUUCAAUGUUAACAAUAAUAAAGACAGUAUUCAGCAAAACGAAGAUGGUAUUAAACAAAAUCAAGGUGACAUUAAAGCAAGUAAAGUCAGUAUUCAGCAGAACGAAGAUGGUAUUAAACAAAAUCAAGGUGACAUCAAAGCAAAUAAAGACAGUAUUCAUCAAAACGAAGAUGGUAUUAAACAAAAUCAAGAUGACAUCAAAGCAAAUAAAGAUAAUAUUCAGCAAAACGAAGAUGGUAUUAAAGAGAAUAAAGAGAAUUAUAAUCGAUUAGCAGCCGAAGUGGAAAUAGUAAAGCAAACUAUUUCUUCAUCAUCAUGUGAUCAGAAGAGUUCUCAGUUGAAAGAAACUAUAAAAGAACAACCCAGUUAUAUGCUACUAAAAAAUUUUCAUGGAGAUUUUGUAAUAAAAUUUGAUGAUGACUGCUUCAACUGGUCUGCACAAAGUAUACAAACUAUUAUUACUAAAAAUUUUACAAGACAAUCAAAAGAACUUAAUUUCGGCGACGAUUAUUUUGUAGAAGAAAAAGAAGGAAAACUAUUACUGCUUAUUUACAAUCACAAAUCUAUCAAUGCUGAAUCUAUCAAUGGGUUAUCCAUUACGUUAGUUGACAGUGAAAAUAAAACUCAUUUGAUUUCAAUUGAAGAUAUUAAAUUGGUCCAAGCGCAUAUGUGUGAAACCAGCCAUUUUGAUGUAACAACGCACAACAGUAGAAGAAUAUCUGAACAGAUAAAAUGCAUUGUAGGAGCAGAAAGAGAAGAAGCAGAUAUUGAAUUUAUAUGUGGUGGUAGCCUGCAAACAAUGGAACCUAAGGAGUACGAAGCAUUUGAAAGAGAUUACAUCCAGCGUUAUUUCACCGUCAAUGGUAAAUGCAUGGAAGAACCACUCCAAUUUCCACCUCCAAUGCAAAACGUCACACAUUCCUUAUUCGCACAAAAGAUAAAGGAUGUUAUAAUCGAAUUACAACAUUUGUUUACAAUAUUUACGCAUUAUAACACGAAGGAACAUAUUCGAUUUCUAAAACUGGAUAAAGAAUUUUCUUUGAGUUUGGAAAGCACAAUUACUGAUAACAAAAGAAUUCUACUUGUGUUGCCAAAUUAUAUCGUCAACAUUAGAUACACAGAAACAACCGACGCAGUUAGAAUACAAGAUGAAGUCAAAGCGGGCGAAGAGGACUUGAAGGAGCUAUCUAUCAUCACUAAAAAAUAUCUUAAAAAUGGUCACCUGAAAAUGGUUAAUGUUGUAGCUGCACCACAUUUCGAAGAUAUCGAAAAUAUCCACCUUUGUGUAGACUGCAACCUACUCUCCAAGAAAACUUUGGCUGAGGAUAGAAAUAUGAUAAAGUUCUUUUCAAAUAUUUUGCAAAGCUCACAAGCACAAAAUAAUGUUCAGGAUAACAAGGAACGGUAUAUCAACAUAGUCGGUAAAGUCAUGUGUUUUAUGGCUACAAGAAAAGCACUCUAUUCUGUUCCUUCACUCAGUAAAAACGUCCACGAACAAAUAAGCUCGUUAAUACUUUCUCCACAGCAACUCCGUCAUUUAUACAACAACUCUUUAAAAAAAAUUAUAAUCGGUCCUUUAGGCAGUGGUAAGACAGUGCUAGCUUUAGCACAUUUGGAAAUUGCUUACGAGCGCUCUGAGAAUAGAUCGAUCAUAUACUACGUAGUUUGGGACGGCAACACAUUGCUGAAACAGGAUAUUGUCAAUCAUACUAAAAGAUUUAAUUUCAAAGCCGCUGUCGAAGUUGUUGUAAAGGAUAAUGUCGAGUUAGCUCAGGAUAUGAAAAUGAAUGAAGUGCCAACACCAUACCAGUUAAUAGAGUCAUUGGUUAAGAAACAUGUUGACCAAAACCUGCAUCUAAUAAUUGAUGAAUUAAAUGGAGAGUUAUUGAACAAGGAAGAAUCAUCUUUGCUUAAACACUAUCUGGAGACUGAAGACAAAUUAAAUAACUCCUUCAUCAUUUUUUUCCCACAAUCCAUUGAGAAACAUAGAACAUUAAUUUCACACCAAAAAGUCACAAUACAUGACAAGUACAAGUAUGAAGAAACAGGAAUGGAAGUAUUAAAACUUAACAGAGCAAUGAGAACAACCCGGAUAAUCUUUCAGUUUUUAAAGGCUUUCGAAAAUGAAGUAGAACAAGACAAGGUAACAAUGAAGCUUCCCGAUCAGAAAUCAAAAGAUGCAAUAUCCACCAAAACAAAAAUCGAAAAAAAAAAGAAUCUCUAUUCCAAAAUUUGGCAACACCUGAAACAACCACAACAACAACGGCGACAACAACAGCAGCAGCUGCAGCAACCACCACCACCACAACAACAACAAGAACAAGGACAAACUACCAGUAGCAAUGUCACGCCGAUAAUAAAAGGAGAAGAAAAAGUAUUUGAAACACCGGUUGAUAUUGAUGUCGUUGCAGCUUCCAUACAAGAUGGGGAUCUUUCGGGUAAUGUUAGAAUUGACAUUUCAUUAAAAUUUAAUACAGCGUAUUCAAUCGGUCAUAAUAUCGAAGGAACAAAACCGUUAUUAAUACAUCCGGCAAAUACUCCGACAACAGACAAAAAGUGUAUACCAAUGUUAGCACUUGUUUUACAAGAUGUAUGUUUACAUCAUGCCACUAAACGUUUGUUCAUAUAUAACACAUUCCCUCAAAAGGAUAUUUUUUACAGAUUACUGAAACUGUUAAAAAUUGAUUUUCUUCACUACGACAAGUACACUGACUGGAAAGUUUUAAAUUGUGAUGAUAUCAUAGUUAAAAAUCCCUUGCAGAGUCAAAAUUAUAACCUGCUUACUACUAUUGAGGGAAGUCGUGGAGUUGAAGCAGCCGAAUGCAUCUGUAUAAUUGAAAGCAAUGAUUGCAAGUUAAAACAUUUGACGUUAGAAGCAAUGUCCAGAGCAACACAAAAUCUGGUCCUUGUUUCAGCGUCCAACGUCUACCAAUCGGAUACAGUAAAAUCAUCAACUGGUCAUAUCAUCAGUAAACUGUUAGCUGAACAUUUGGUUGAAUACAAUGUAGAAGUCUCAAACGAUGAAGAUACGGAAAUACCGUUCACAAAGUCUAUGGAAAGUAACAAUAAAAUAGUUUUUAACAUAAAACCACAAUAUUGGAAAUUCAAAAAAAUGGUAAAAGAUUUGGAACAUGUUGGUUUUCAGGCAACGGAUGAACGCCUAAAUGCGCAUGAGAUCGUUAGGAAAAACCUUUAUCCUCCUGGAAAAGUGAGCAAUAUAAUUUGCUCAUAUUUGUCAAGUACAUCAUGUACAUUGAGAUGGCAACAGGACGCUGAUAAGUACACCGUUAGUAGACAAGAAAGUAAUAGUUUAACCUGGAAUAGCUUAGUAACUGACUUUUCUUGCAAUCAAUACAUCGUUGAUGACAUGGAAAUUGGUGAAUCGUGCAAGUUUUGUGUAAUUGCUAAAAAUCAUCUUGGUGUAUCUGAUGACAGCAUUGUGUCUUAUUGUCACAAACUUCCAAACGUUAAGGGUGUCAGAUUUAAAGAUAUCGUGAAAAUUAUUAGAUCUAACGAUGUCAACAAAUUGAAAAAAUUACUAUCCAUUCAUCCAAACAUCGUUCACAUGAGAGAUGUAGUUGAACACACACCAUUGAUGUGGACAGUAUGGAACACCGACAAUACAUCAAUGGUGGAAAUACUCAUCUCAUAUGGGAGUGAUGUUUGGGCGGAAGAUAGAUUGAAACAAAACAGUUAUCAUUACGCUGCAUAUCAUGAUCGUCACACAAUAUUAGAUAUGUUAUGUCGACAUGAUGUAACAAACAUCAACCGUGUAGAUGUUGACAACCUCACACCAUUACAUGUUGCUGCAUGGUUUGGUGACAUCUCAUGUGUUGAUGUUUUGUUGCGUCAUGAAAAUAUUGAUGUGACGAUCGAAGAUGAAGAUGGAUACACAGCUUAUGAUGUUGCUGGAGGAUCGAAGAAUAAACAAAAGCAGGAAAUAAUAAGACGAAAAAUAAAAGAAUACGAAGACAGGACGAAGUAAAUAUUUCAAAUGAUUUUGUUUUGAAAAACAACAAUCACUUUGUGAGAUGAGGAACGAGUCCAUUUUUUAGUUUUAUUUUAUAUUGUAAUAAAUUUAUUUGUAGUAAAACGUACUGAAACAUUUUUCUGUUCGAUUUUUAUCAAGCCUUGUUUCGUUUAUAUUUCAUUCAGGAAGCGACACAUGUCAAAGGUCACGUGUUUUUUAAACUGUCUCAAACUUGCCGCAUGGUGCAAUGUAGAGUAAAUCUUAUUACAAACAUCAACUGAUAUACUUUCUCAACCUCGUCCCCAAAUCUUGUUAGGCCUUUUAUAUUUUGAAGGCCUGAACAAGGCCCUGGCCCUGGCUGGUCACGUGACUACAGAAUACCCACGUAUAGUGGGUAUUUUGAAAAUAAUUAUUUGUCUCGCUCUUCCAAAAUAUACACAAGCAGUCGAGAAAAAAAUAAAAGAACUGACAGAAUUAUUUAGAAUGGUUAAAAUAAUAUUAAUAAGAAAAAAAUAUAUAUAUAUAUUUUAAUAUAAAUAUUUUUAUCUAAAUAUUUUUAUAUAAAUAUUUUUUACAUCGUAAAAAAUAUUUUUAUUUACUUAUAAUAAUAUUAUUUAAUGUAUAAAAAAAACUGUUAAUAAAUAUUGUAUAAUAUAUUAAACAUUCACACUUG